AUGGCCCGCAACAGCACUGUCAGCCCGUACGUUGGUCGUCUCGGCCGCAGCCAGCUGUACUCGAAGAAGGGUGGCUACAAGCACACUGACCGCAAGCCGGCUGCCGCCGCCGAGGAGGCUCCCGUUGCCACCAAAGAGAAGACUGUCGGUGGUGCCAAGAACGCUGGUAAGCGUGUGCUCCCUGUGAACAAGGCUCCGCGCUUCUACCCGGCCGACGAUGUGCGCUCGAAGAAGGUCAACCGCAAGACUCCCAAGCCGACCAAGCUGCGUGAGAGCAUCACCCCCGGUACUGUGCUCAUCCUCCUUGCUGGUCGCUUCCGUGGCAAGCGCGUUGUCUUCCUGAAGCAGCUCGACAGCGGUCUCCUCCUCGUGACUGGUCCGUUCAAGCUGAACGGUGUCCCGAUCCGCCGCGUCAACCAGGCGUACGUGAUCGCCACCAGCACCAAGAUCGACCUCAGCAACGUCCAGAUUGACGAGAAGCUGAACGAUGCAUACUUCCGCCGUGAGAAGGCUGCCAAGGUGAAGGCUGAGGCUGCUUUCUUCGCUGACCCGGCUAACAAGGCCCCGCUCGCUGAGAGCAAGGUCGCUGACCAGAAGGCUCUGGACAAGGAGAUUCUCGCUGCUGUGAAGAAGGAGGGUCCGAUCAUGAGCAAGUACCUUGCUGCCACCUUCUCGCUCUCGAAGGGUGACAAGCCCCACGCACUCCGCUUCUAA